UUGAGGGGUAUUAUGUAAAUAUUGACCCGGGUAUAUUUUAUGAAAACAGACCCUCCCCCUCAUCGGCGGCAGACCUCUGACCGGACCACCGUGGAUUCCGCCGGCUGUUGAUGCGUGGAGGUCCUGUCCCUGCGUAUCUUCACCAGACCCGAAAGAGGAAUCCGAAGAGGCAGAGACGAGAGGUGCGAGGAUGCCGGCGCCCGCUGGAAGGCUACGGGCGGCCUCGCCCAAUGCCGCCACCGCACCCCGCGCCGGAGCCGCCGAGCGGGUGGAGAGGUAUAUUCAGCAGCUUGGACCUCUCUCUCGCUGCUGCCCUUCACGGAGCUAUGCCACGCCAGUGUCUCCCUUUCGCCGCCGCCUCCCCCAUGGAUCAAUCGAUUUGGUUUGCUGGCAACGGAAGCAUCUUCGAGACGGCUCCCUACCCCCACCCUCCUCCAGAACAACGAUUCAUGCGGUCACCAGUGCAGCCUCGCAAUCCCCCAUCCAUCGAGCAGCCAUAUGCCCCGUGCUCUUCUCUUUGGCGGAUCUGGGUUGCGAGUUCUGUCAGAUUGCUUCCUUUUCUUCGUUUCGUUCUGAGAUAGAUGCGGGCCACAGGGUCGCAGGGGGCCCGAAGUGAGCAAGGCGGGGAUCGAGAGAGGAAGCAGCCGGGUAUGUCGAAGCGUCCACGCAUAGAGUCGCAUGGAGACGAGCCUGAGAGGCCAGGAGGCGGCCACAGGCUGAGAAGGAACAUGACAUGUCGAGCCGGCCUUCGUUGUCUGAAUUUCGCAUGUCCAAGCUGCCAUUGAUCGGUCGCUGCACUGGUCGCACGCCGCGACAGCACCUCUACCUUGUGGUGGACGACUGGGAGAGAGGCUACAGCAUCCACAGGGUCGGUGAGGACGACUUCGACCCGGACCCCAAUGCUGGCCUGCACGCCUGCCCCGGCGACCACCCGAUCGCUCGCAUCGAGGCCCAGCACCCGCACUCGUGGUCCUUCGCCGCCCGCGGCAGCAAGAUCCUGGCGAUGCUGCCGCCGGAGUACAGCCCUGGCAUCCCCUUGUUCGACACGGAGACGGCAGGGAUGACGGUGUGGCCGAACCCGCAAAGCCGCGGGGACUUUGGGAGUAAGCCUUGGUACAUCUCCAUGGGCGGCAGGCUCCUGGCGUUCGUCUACCCCUUCGUCGAGGUGCUGGGCCCCCAGCCGCCGCCCACCGACAGGUCGUGGUCCUGGGACAGCGUCGAGCCGCCGCCGCCGUUCGUGUCCAGCGUCGUCACCGGCUACGCGGUGCACCCGGACGGCCGCACCGUCUUCGUGUCCGUCAGGGACUGGAGGCCCGACAUCCCCGGGAAGAUCUACAUCCUCAAAAGCCGGAGGAGCACCUUCACCUUCGACAUGGAGCGCCUCGAGUGGGCCCACGCCGGCGAGUGACUCCUGCCGCUCAAGGGCCGGGCGUACUAUGACCGGGAGCUGGACGCCUGGGUCGGGCUCUGCCUCCACAGGGAAGCACCCGGGCGCGUCUGCUGCUGCGACGUGCCCCCGGCGCCGCCCGCCGGGGCCGGCUGCGAGACCAUGCCCGCCUGGAAGCUCGGCCGGGACGUGUUCUUCGGCGAUCCGGGGAGCGCCCUCGGGCAUCUGGGCGCCACGCUCCUGUCCGACAGCACAUUCUGCGUGGUCGAGGGAGGGAUACCCAUGGAUUGCGACGGGGACACGCGCACUCGCGUGGUGAAGAUGACCUGCUUCCGUCUCAAGUACUGCAACGAUGGUGACCUGUGUACCACCCACCACCGCGCAUACGCAUCCUUGUCAUACGAGGUCGCUCAUGAACGUAUGGACCGGACACAAAACCCCGUGGCGUUCUGGAUGUAAGUUUCGUUGUGUGCCCAGCAGAUCAAACAGCAAGAUGGAAUGUCUCAGAACCAAAGGUAAAAGGUUAUUGGACCUUCCGCUUGGAGCAAGACCUGGCCUGUUUUCUGGUCAUCUGGCAUUCUCAAAUGUACCAGAACAUGCCCUCUGUUCAUCCAUGCAUAAAAUUUUUUCUACAUUC